AUGGCCGCAACAACUUCGUCUGGCCGUGGAGAGCGCGGAGGGAACGACCGUGACUCUUCUGUCUACCAUGUGCACCGGCGCGCCUGGAGCCUGGUCUUUAGCGAUAAAAUGGUGCGUGGCUACGAGCUCUGCGCGCGCGUGUACCGCCAAAAGCUUGUCGAGCGCCUGCGCGCCAGCAGCGGAGCCAUCCCCGUCGACGUCUACCACUGGUUCAGUCUGUACAUCUUCGACGUCAUGGGCGACCUGCGUUCGGCCGGAGCUUCGGGCGUCGUCACGCUGCUCAAGUCUUUGACGGUGUUUUUUGGCAUCGGGUUCCCCAUCUGGGUCUUUCUCGCGAUCCGCAACACCCCGGGCCUGAUGUCCGAUUUUUGGAAGCUGUUGGACUGGUGUGCGAAGCGCUUCCGACAGUGGCUGGAGAACGAGCAGUCUGAAGUGCCUGAUAUCAGCGCCUCAUUGAUUGGCUCGCUGCUGAUAUAUCGGCUAGCGCCUUUGACGGCCAUCUUCUAUCUCCUCGCACAUCACCCGGACGAGGUGGAAAAGCUGCGGCGCGAGCUCGAGCCCUAUCGUGACGCGGACCAUUCGACUGGCGAGUUCUUACACUCUGAGAUUGCGCGUCUUCCGCACCUGAACGGGGUUAUCAACGAGGCGCUACGCCUUUUUCCCGCCGUCCCAGGCACUGUCCCGCGGAAGACGCCACGGGGUGGAAUCGUUGUCCAGGGGGUGCGCAUCCCCGGCGAUAUCACGGUUUUUUGUCCGCAGUGGGUGAUGGCGCGGUCGGAACUUUGCUGCGCCAAACCAUACGAAUUCAUCCCCGAGAGAUGGUACAGUCAACCGGAACUCGUUCGGAGCAAAUCGGCCUUUGCGCCGUUUAGUAUCGGACCGUAUAAUUGCGUCGGACGACCGCUGGCAUUAUCGAAUCUGCGCACCACGCCCGCGCGGCUCAUCACCAGCUUUGACGUGCAGUUGGGGCCGGCCGAGACCAAGGAGAGAUUCCUGCACGACGUGAAGGACCGCUUUGUGCUGGAGUUGGGGGCGUUGAAUUUGAUUUUGUCGUCGGUGGAUCGUGUUUUUCCUUACCCUAAUCCUAGUUCCUCUAGUUAG